AUGUUAGGCAAACUCACUUCAUUCUUGAGUUCUUCGACACCGUUACCAUCAUCUCAUCAAGCAUCUGCCAGAGCCAAGACAUACGUGGAUUUAGCCAAGGAAUUAGAUAAAGUGAACGUGCCAGUAUCCGAAACAGAUUGUAUAUCAUGUUCUAAUCCAUGUGAUGAGACCUCUACUACCACCACAGGCGCAGGCGCAGGUGCAAGAGGGGUAGGGACGGUCGUAGAGAUUUAUGAAGGGAAAUCAUAUCAAGAUUAUAUAAAUGAUAAAUAUGGUGAUUUAGGUGAAUUACCAAAAGGUUUCGAUGUAGAUUGGGAAACAGAUUUAAAAGGUUCAUCAAAAGGUGGUCAAGGUAGAAUCGUCGUUAUAAGCACUGGUAAAAGUGAUUGGGAAAGGGAUCAUACCGACGAGAAAGGUUCUUUGGCAAAUCAUUUGAAUAAAGUGAUCACUUCAUCUUCUAUACCUGAAUCUGAUUCCAAAUCCAAAUCCACAACUACAUCCACAAAUACAAACACAUCAACAGCCGAGACUAAGAGUAAAUCGGAAUUACCAUCAUACAUAACAUCAUCAGUAUUCCCUAAACCUUCAAAUCCAUUAACGAACACAAUAUCAAUUCCACCAUCAUUGUACUCAUCUUCAUUGAUCUCACAAUCUGAUGAUCCAUCUGAUCAAUCAACGAUCAUUUUCCCAGAUUGGAAGGUGAUUCAUGAAAUUGAUAAUUCUUACAAAGGCGCUAAGAGUUUAUAUGAUAAUGCAUUAUCGGGUGAACUGGGUAGAUCAGGUAAAUCAAUUGACACCAAUGAUGAAAAUGAAAAUGAAAACGAAAAUGAAAAUGGCGAAUUUGAUAGAAGAAGAUCUUGGGUUUUACCUUAUAGAGCUGUUAUAUUACUCUGCUCACACAAGAAACGAGAUAAAAGAUGCCACAUAGCGGCUCCUUUACUUCGAUCAGCACUUCAUACCGUCCUAAGUCAACAUGAUAUAUCGAUUGACGAAGAUGGAUCAUCACUAUCACAUCUCGAUGGACCGCCUAUAGAGGAAAUGAGAGGUACCAAUUUAGAAAAAGAGAUUGAAAUUGGUAAGAGAAUCGAAGACAUCGAAGGUGUAAAAGGUGGUCAAGGUGGUCAAGUUGGAAUUUUCAAUAUAAAUCAUUUGGGUGGACAUAGAUAUGCUGGUGUUAUGUUGAUCCUAUUCCCCUCGGGAGCUUACGUAUCUUAUGGAAGAGUAACACCACAAGAAAUUCCAAGAGUAGUUGAAGAUACUAUAUUACAAGGCACGAUCGUACCUGGAUUAUUGAGAAAUGCAGUUGGAGUAGAAAGGGAAGCAAGUGAAAAUAAAAGUGGGAAAGGAUUUUUGAGUUGGUAA